ACAUAUCACAUAUCACAUAUCGAAACAUUUCCCUACCCGAGCAGACUGGCAGUAUCGUAAAUAAGAGAGCAUAGAAACUCGAAAAAUUAUUAUAGAAAGAGAGUCUCCAGAAUCAGCGCCAGGAAACAGUUCCCAUGCAUACAGCCUAGUUAAUGCCGCAGAGAGAGAUAGAGAGAGAAAAAUAAAGUAGAUGCAUGUUUCUUUUUACAUGACAAGCAACAAAUCAAGACACCUCUGCAUGAUGAGUUAUAAAUCUUGCACAUCAAAGAUAAAACAGACCCUUUUGCUUUUCUUCUCAUCUUCUCCUUGACAGACACACACACAGAAAUGGCUAUGGGAGCUUCUGGAUCGUACAAAGGAAGCAGCAGAGGGAAGCCAUAUGGGGUGAUGCUGCUUCUUGCCUUUGGGGCUGCAUUGCUUGGGGUUAUGGUGAUUCAUAAGCUUAGAGAAAGACGCAUCUUCAACCUCCUUGUCAAAGAGAAGGACUCUCAGCUCAUUUCCCUUCACCUUCUUCUCCAGAAGGAAAAAGAGUACAACAAAGAAAUGAAAAGGAAGACUGAAGAGAUGAAAGCGAAGAUAUACUCCCUCAGAAACCAAAAGAUGGAGACUGAACGAAGGAUUCUAGAGUUGCAGUCCACAAUUGAUUCCCUAAAAGAUGAAAUGAAGAUUGUGGAGUCUGCACUGGAGGAGAAGCAGAAUGAGAUCAAUAUUCAUACAGAGACAAGUAUGUAUCCAGAAAAAGAAACUCAAAUGAUAGCUCUAAUGGAAAGUCUGAAGCAAAGGGAAGCGGAAAUUGAGGAUUUGAAGAGCCAUCUUGAAAAUCCACUCAAGAUACCGUCAGUAAGUACAGGUGAUCCAUCAAACACGCAACUAAUUUCGAAUGUAACAGGAAAUUCAGCAGAUGGGGAUAAGACAGAGGACCGGCAAUUGCACAAGUCUACAAAUUAUAGCAAAUAUCUAAAUCCAACAAGAGGCAAUGAAAGUGAUAAUGCAUCCACCAGAGUCGUAAAAGGUGAUAAUACUGCCAGAGUUGAUGAAGCUAGAAGUGAAAACAAGGUGGGCAUUACUGAUAGCUUGGUGGUCAACAAAGAAGGACAGUUGGAGAUGCUGGAGAAUUCACUUGAACGUCUCAGAAACAAAGGUGCACCUGGAAAAGAAUCGAGUGAAAAUGGGCAAGGAAACAAAGAUGAAGGUUCUCAAGCGAGUGCUUUAGGUUUGGGGGAGGAAAAUAAAUUUACAAAUGUAACUGAAGGAAUUGUCAGCACAGCUGAGAAAGUGUCGCAAACUGGCAAUGCUGACAUGAAAUCAGUGGAUGGAAAAGGCCAGAAAGCUGCUAGAGAUGGGCAACUGGAGCUUAAAAAUUCUCAACAAGAAAAGGGCCGGGAAAGAACGUUUAAGGGUGCAGUGAAGUCAGAAAUGAUAGGCAACGCUAGAAGUUCCAAUUCUAGGGUGAGGGAAAAACAUGCAAAAGGAAAACGAUGGAGAAUACUCGCAAGGAACAGGACGUUGGAGAAUAGAAAUUAUGAAAGCAAUGAAGCCGGAGGCAUAAGAAAAAGAAAAUUUUCUAGUAAUGAUCGGGAUGGACUGAGAGACAGAGAAGAGGCAACAACUUCUGAUAAAGGAAAAACAGGCAGCGAGAGAGUAACGGGUGCAGAUAAACUACCAGAAACUAAGGCAGAGGGUUUUUCUAAUGCUAAAAUACCGGAAUCUCAAAACCCUGAAGACACUGUAGAUACCAGAAACAAGCUUGCUGUAAACAAUACAAACCACUUAGAGAAAGAUACAAAUCACUUAGAGAAAGUAGAUGGGAUGUCAAACAGAUUGCCGAUGCAGGAAAGCUUUGACAGUAGUACCAAUGAUAGCAGAAGCAAAGCCAAGAAAGAGAGCUUGGAUGGAGUCAAAUUGUAUGAAGACCAAGGCAACAGCAGCAACAAAGAAGGCAGAAACACGAAUAUGCAAAACAGAACUGAACAAGUGAAUGAUUCCAGCAAGCAUGAAAUGCCAGUAGAAAUAGAGGCUGUAGAUGCAGAUCGCGACACAGAUUCAGCAGCAUUAGACUUUUACAAGGAAUCAUUUUAUGACUCGGAAGAAGAUAAAGAAGAGAACAAAGAGGAAACAAAGGAGCCGGAGUUCUAGCUAAUUAACAAGUCAUGUGAGUCUGAGUUGUAGCUAAUUAACAAACUAUAUGUGCUUUAACGAGUCUGAGUUCUAUCUUGUUUACAACUUUUAUGUGCUUUGGCUUUCUGUAAAGAUUGUUCUUACUUGCAAACAUAUUACAGUAGUUGGCAGUUGCAUU